AUGAAACUUCCCGAUUUGCUUCUCCCAAACCCUCAGUUCUUCGCCUUCGAGAUCCUUGCCUGCCUUCUGGCGCGCGAUGCGUACAUCGGCUGUCUGAUCGAUCCGAAGCCUGCUGGACUGCGAAUUGCUGAGGCUGGAGUUGCUGAGGCUGGAGUUGCUGAGGCUGGAGUUGCUGAGGCUGGAGUUGCUGAGCCUGGAGUUGCUGAGCCUGGAGUUGCUGAGCCUGGAGUUGCUGAGCCUGGAGUUGCUGAGCCUGGAGUUGCUGAGCCUGGAGUUGCUGACUCGGGCCCUGUAGCUGCUGGAAUUGAGCCUGCUGGACCUGAUCCUGCUGGACAUGAGCUUGCUGGUUCUGAGCUUGCUGGUUCUGAGCUUGAUGGGCCUGAAUUUGCUGCCAUGCCUCGAUAA